AUGGACGACCUAGGAACGAAAUCUCUUCUGGAGUACGGUAUUCCUGAUACAACAACCGAACUACUCUCUAGCAUCAUCAGACCACCCAUUACUGCUCAUAACUUUGAAUUGAAACCACAGUUCAUUCAAUUCAUCUCCAAUGAUUCGUUUGCAGGAACACCUCAUGAUUACCCAGUGAGUCACAUUGAUAGUUUCUUGGAGAAAUGCGAUACUAUGAAGCUAAAUGGUGUUACAAAUGAUGCUAUUAGACUUCGCCUUUUCCCUUUCUCAUUAAUGGAUAGCGCGAAGGAAUGGUUGAGAGAUGAAGGAAGUCAGAUGAUGAGUCCCUAUAUGAAGCAUGGAGGAGAUUCAAGAGAUUGUAGAGACAAUGCCCUCACCAUGAACCCAACUGAGGCGAAGGAGCUAAUUGAGAAGAUGGCGGCUAAUGACAAUUAUCAUCAAGGAGGUCAAAAUAGUGUGAAGAAGGGAGGAAAAUUUGAUGUUGAUGCUCUAACUCUUUUGACUAGUUCUGUGCAGGCAUUGACAAGCAAGUUCGACAAGCUCCAAGCUGGAUCAUCUUCUAGCUCACCUGAAACUUGUUAA